CAACAGCCGCCAAGCAGCGGCAGUGAGAGUAACUGACUGUGGUGCCACGUGGAACAAUCGCGUCUCUUGCACUCGUAUCGGAGUCCUUCGACGGUACUGUACGAAUCGCCCGUGGUUGCUCUGUGCUUCUACAAUCGACGUUCCGCGCUUCUGAACCGAAAACCGAAAAUCCUGUACCGGAACGCAGUGGAAAUAAAUUAUACGCAGACAAACAGUGAUAAAAAGCCGAAAGGGGCAGAUUUUCCGUAAUAAUUAAUUGUUCAGGGCUUUUUUUCCUCCAACCACGAUGGCGAACAGCGCUACGCAUACCAUUAUAAAGCAGCCUACGUGGUGGCGCCGCCGCACCGCCGCGGAGCGCAGGCUGGUGCUGACACAGACGGUGGCGCUCCUAGCUGCGGUUGGGCUCGCCGUCUUAGUGGUCGUGGUCGUCGCCAGGCGGCAGCACCAGCCCGGGGCUGCCCAGGUGUCGGCAUCCGGGUCCGUCAACCAGAGCCUGCAGAACGUCUGCCUCACGCCAGGAUGUGUCCGUGCAGCGUCCGAGGUGCUCAGCAAACUGGACCCAUCAGUCGAACCCUGUGACGACUUCUACCAGUAUGCGUGUGGCAACUACCUGCGCACCACUAACAUCCCGGAUGACAAGUCAGUGGUGAGCACCUUCUUGGAUCUGAGAGAAGAGCUCCAGGAGAAGCUGCGCAACGCCAUAGAAGAGGAGGAGACCCAAGCAGUGGUCCCCAGGAGCUUACAGCUGGCACGCAACCUCCACACCGCUUGCACAAACAAGAAACGGAUCGAGUCCCGCGGCCUGGAGCCACUCCAGAGGGUCCUGAAGGACGAGCUAGGCGGCUGGCCUGCUGUAGAGGGCGACUCUUGGGACGAGACGAGCUUUGAUUGGCUGCACAGCAUCUACCGCUUCCGCAGAGCCGGCUUCAGCAUCGAUUACUUCAUUAAGUUCCAAGUGAAACCUGAUGUGCGCAACUCCACGCAACGUUACAUGCAUCUGGACCAGGCAUCGCUGGGUCUGAGCCGCGAGUUCCUGCUGAAGGGUCUCUCGGACAAGCGGGUGGACGCCUACUACCAGUACCAGGUCGACCUGGCAGUUCUGCUGGGCGCCGAGAGGACACGCGCUGAGCGCGAGCUCAGGCAGUCCCUCGAGUUUGAGAUAGCUCUGGCCAACAUGUCGCUGCCGAAGGAGGCUCGACAGGACCAGACGCGACUGUACAACCCGCGCACCGUGGAGCAGCUGCAGCGCGACCACCCGUCGGUGCCGUGGCUGGAGUGCCUGCGGGCGCUGCUGCCGCCGCACGUCACCGUUUCCAGCGACGAGGUGCUCGUCGUGGCCGUGCCCUCCUACCUCAAGAGCCUCGAAGCCCUGCUCAGCCAUACUCCCAAAAGGGUGGCGGCCAAUUACGUGAUGUGGCGGGCGGCCAUGGCUGCGGUGCCGUACAUGACGCAGGAGCUGCGGGGCCGCCAGUUCGAGUACCAGGCAGCCCUCACUGGCAGGAGGGAGCGCGAGUUCCGCUGGAAGGAGUGCCUCAGCAUCGUCACUAGACGCCUGGGGCUGUCUGUGGGCGCCAUAUACGUGCGCAGGUACUUCAACAAGGCGGCCAAGGAGGCGGCGCUCGAGAUGGUGGGCGACAUCCGCCGCGAGUUCCUCCGCACCCUGCGCCAGCUGGACUGGAUGGACGAGGGCACCAGGAAGAAGGCACUCGAGAAAGCCAAGUCGAUGGUCGCCCACAUCGCCUACCCAGACGAGCUACUGGACGACAGGAAGCUGGACCACUUCUACGAGAAGCUGGAGAUCAACCCGACCUUGUACCUGGAGAGCAUGCUCAACGUGACCAAGUUUCUGACCAACUACUCCUUCAGCCAGCUGCGGCAGCCCAUCAACAAGACCGAGUGGAUCAUGCACAAGACGACGGACGUCAACGCCGCGUACGACCCCGCCGAAAACUCCAUAGAGAUUCCAGCGGGUAUCCUCCAGGGUGUCUUCUUCAGCGCUGACCGUCCCAAGUACAUGAACUACGGCGCCAUCGGCAUCCUAAUUGGCGACAGGAUCACAGCCGGCUUCAUCGGAGAGGGUCGUCAGUUUGACAAGAAUGGCAACCUGGUGGACUGGUGGGACCCUGUGACCCGCGACAAGUUCCUCAAGAAAGCUGAGUGCUUGAUCUCACAGUAUGGGAACUAUACCGAAGAGCAAACAGGCUUACAUCUGAACGGGGUCAACACGCUGGAGCGGAACACUGCGGACAACGGCGGCCUUGUGCUGGCGUACGGCGCCUACCUCGCGCUGGAGCGCCGCAGCGGCCGCCCGGAGGCGCGCCUGCCCGCGCUGUCCGGACUCUCCCCGCGGCAGAUGUUUUGGGUGUCUGCCGCACAGAACUGGUGCUGCAAGUACCGUACUAAGACGAUGAUAGAGUUCAUCACCACUGGAGUUCACUCCCCAGACAACUUCCGAGUACUGGGUCCACUCAGCAACCGGCCCGAGUUUGCCGAGGACUUUGCAUGUCCUCUCGGCUCCCGCAUGAACCCGCUGGAGAAGUGCCAGGUGUGGUGAAGAGUCCAGCAGAGGUGCCGGACUGUCGGAAGCCUGAUGCUGACAACCGGCUGGAGCCGCUGCCAGCCACACACGAAUAACAACAGAGCGAGAGGAAAUCUAUUGGCUCACACCCCAGCUGCAGAACUGUCUGUGGGGCCUUCACUGUGUGGGGCCUGUGAGAUAGCAGACUCGAAAGAGAGGAGCAGCUGCACUGAAAUAGGAUCGUCCAGAUCCUAUGGUUUCAGCACACGCUCAAUCGAAUUUCCGUCUGUGUGUGUCUGCGUGUUUGCACCAUAAUUACCUGCUCCUGUUUGGAGUAGAUAAAUAAACCUGUGUGCAGAAGCCAUUAGUUUUAUCCUAAGUGUUAAUCAAUUAUUGUAGCUACUGCAGUCUAUCUUACUAAUACUCCACAUUCAUCUAGUGGAAUUAUAUCAGUGGAAAAACUACACCAAUAACAAUGUGUUGUCACACAUAUGGUUUAAUGACCGCCAUCUUCAGGUGAGACGCUGCUGCUCCUGAGAACAGUUGAAAACUAGUGCUAAACCCGCAAAUGUCGUCCCCGAACUCUACACGAGGCACGCAUCGCCCACCACAAGCGAUGCUCUCAAGACCGGACUUGUGGCGCCACCCUUAGUGUAACACUGGCGCCAAAAAUACGUUGCACUCGAAGACGAACCUCAAACUCUCAAGCCGAUCACACCAAAGAACAUUGUGUUUCGAUGCUGGAUAUCACAGCGUUCCACAUCCCGCUAAGAGAAAACCUUUGUUUCAAUUAAUGAAAUUUUCUGUUGACCAUAAAAUAUCAGGGUAUCUCAGUAUUCUUCCUAAAUCUUUCAUUUCAACAAUUCUCUACUCUCCUUAACUGUGCAAAUCGACCGGCCGAUGUAAGCUUUCCCCAAAUGACCCAGAAUUUUGGGUUUGCCAGGAUUUCAAAGUCCUAAAUCAUCCUUUAUAAAGCUGAGUAGUGCCCUAAUCUUGAUAGGUAGGCGGAACACAUUCAUAAUAUGAGAUUUCCUUAAAGUGAAAUCUAUGUCGAAGCAUACUGAAUAUGUGCCACACAUCUGUCUUUCUCCUCAUGCAUCUCCAGGGAUGGCUCAAACUGCAUAGCCUGAUGAACCUUCUUCUCAGCUUUUAUUUAAACACAGCCGUCAAAUGCUGCAAAUUCCUAGGUGAAAACUGGUGACUCGAAAACGCCGUAUGCUCUGCGUACUAGAGUUUUAAGGACGCCACGGCGUUGGUACGGAUGGUGGAAGUGUCAUUUUAUUCAGAUAGCGAUCAGAAUUUGUCGAUUUAUGAUAAACGCUACGUGACAGAGUACCAUCAUGUUUUCGGUUAAACCCACACGUCCAAAAAAUCGAUGCUUCCCGUCACCUUCAAACUCCGUUUUAAAUUUAAUGCUGGGAGGUAGACUGAAGACAAAUCAUCUAAGAACAUCGUGUCUUUGGGGCAAGACGAUAAAGAUAUCGUCAACGUACCUCAAGAUGUGCACUGGUUGCAAAGCUGAAGUCCCCUAUGCCGUAUCCUUGAAGUAUUCCAUAAAUAAAUUUUGACCUAUAGAAGAUUAAGGACUACCUGUAGCAACCCUGUCAUUCUGAACAGUACCAUUUAAUGAAAAACAUGUCGAUGUCAACACAUGACUACAAAGCUGCACUAAUUGCUCAUCGAGUGUUCCCUAAUCACACUCUAGCACUCUUCCAAAGUGACAUAUGUGAAUAGAGCUACCACAUGGAAAUUUAUAAGUAAAUCCUAAAUGUCUAUGGGUGGUUUCGAGGAUAGGACAAUGAGCUUUGCAACAAAUGUGCUCGAGGAGACAGUAUGAUAGUUAAUUUUUGGACUAGCCCCACGGACGUGAUGCUGUAACCGAUUUAUGGACAAUUCAACUGUCUCCAUACAAGAACUAAAUAGGUCAUGGAGCCCGGAACUGACGAGAAGGUAUCGUUUUGGGACAUACUCGUUUACAAAAAUCAUGGUUAUACUCUGGGACAUAGUGUCUACUAAAAACCGACGAAUACUGAUAGUUAACUGCAUACAAAGAAUUUCCACCCAUCGUACCAAUGCCAUAGCGUGUUUAGAACUCUAGUACGCAGAGCGUAUAUUAUUUCCGACACAGACAGUCUAACACAAGAAGUUUGAGACUUGUGGCUGUGUAAAGGAAAAUGUGUACCGUGAGAUGCAAAUAUGGUGUCUGGACCACCGCCAGAAAUGCCUGCAGCGGAGCGUAGAUCUGUGGGCUUUGUUCCUUUGUGAUGCAAGUAUAGGCUAUCCUUUAACACUGAAAUAAUUUUGAGGAGAUUUUACAUUAAGUGUGUGUACCGUCCACCCGUCAAGGUUAGGGCACUGCUUGACUCUAUUAAGGAUGAUUUGAGACUUAGUAGGUAUUGCACACACAAAAUUCUGUGUGAAUGGGGAAAGCUUACGUAGACCUGUGUAUUUUUGCUGUUCCGGAUAUGUGCAAAGAAAAUCGCCGUCACAAGGGGAUCAACAGCUGGAGAAGUCGACAGUAGCGGAAAGUUAUUUAAACCAGAUACAUGGGAUGAAAUUCAACGAUACGUUUUUGGGAACAGUGUUUGUAAGGAUUUGGUUGAGUCUAUGUUCACAGACAAUUUGAUCAAUGGUGACAAGGGAUUUUGUCUUAGCAGGAAGUGGAACCCUGUUUUACCUAGCAUCAAAACACAGAGAUCUUAGGUUCCACCGGCCCGAGAGUUUAAGAAUACUACUGCACUGCCAUAUACGAAUGGCGUCGGAGUGGUACUAGGGGCGGCAUAAAGAGCCAGUCAGGGGGGUAAGCAACUGUGGUGCAUGACGCAUGCGCUGUGUAUAAGUCCGGCCUCAGGAUUAGUUUUCACUGAGACUCAGCAGCUGCUUUCCUGAAAAUGAGAGACAGUGGGUCCACAAAAUAUUGAGUCAAGUCGAUUUUGAGAGCCGGCAGCGAAAACCAAGGAUAGUACCAGUGUGUGAAAUUUCCAUAGGCAUUUAUUUUCUCUGCAUGUGUUAUUCGAGCAUUUCACCAGAGAGCAGACAGAAUUAUAUAUCAAUAAAUGACAGUUUUUGCUACCUUUCAUAUGCAAUGAACAAAAAAGCUUACACCGUAUACCAUCUCAGUUUUUCGGUACUAUGUGUAUGAAUUAUGUGGGGAGGCUGCGCAACAAUUAUGAGAUUACAGAUAUAUCAGUCACUCUCCAGGUAUGUGGCAGGAGGACUUGUGUGAAAAUUUAAGUACGAGACGUUCAUUCUUCAGGAAGGUGAAAACUGUCCAGUUAGGAAUUUUGCCAUAUUCGAGAGUAGCUAAUGCAUCAUGAAGACGCUGGAAUAUUUUUAAAUGUGUGAUGUAAUCAGUAUUGCCUGUAAUUAGUGAGGGAUUUGAUCAUACCAUAUAUUCCCAUCUGCUGGUCUCGUUGAAGAUAAUCCUCAGAAGGCAUAACCAUAUUUUCACUUCGUUAAUGGAAUGUCACUUGUCACUGGGGCUGAUGUGUUAGAUACGCUUCAUGAAUAGACAGAAAACUUCGUCGUGCUGUCCACGACUAUCAUUAUUAUCUAGGCAAGAUAAGGCAUUUGUACAAAAGCCCAGUAAUAUCAUAUUUAAUUAUCAGCCAUAAACUUCAGGACCAUGUUAUGUCAUUAAAGUACUUAAUGGUGAUACUAGCAGUAGGUAUGAAGGGGGACAAAAUCAUGAUACCAGUAACGGGGUUGUCAAAUGGAAAACUGUGAUUUACUGUGACAGUUCUGCUGAUGAGUAAUGUAUUGGUAAUGGACAGCACAUGUAAGACACUAUUGCGUCCAUGUCUGGAGUACUCCUUAUCUCGCAGGUAUGACGGCAUAUGUCAAGAGAUAUCGGGAGACAUGUUUCCAGAAUCAUAAUAUACUAGCAACCUCUAUAGAGAAGUGCAACAGAGAACUUCGAAGAAAUUACAUAAUAUAUUAUCUAGGCGUAUCAUCUGCUUUUUGGAUUUGUCAACUACACGGCAGAAGUUAAGAAGCCUUAACGUAUUUAGCAAAUGGUUCCCAUUUCUGUUCAUAAGCCCUAAGUUCAUAUUUGCACUACUAAAUAUUGUGUAAUCUUUGAGUACCAAGAGGACUGGUUCCUCCAGCAGUUCCACAAACAAAUAUCUUUGUAAUUCAGGUGGUAGUUUACCGAAACAAUAUAAUUUACUAUUUCGGCAACGUUGCAGGUGCAGCUUCAAAUUUUGCAUUAACGAUCUUUGAUUUUUGACAUAGGCAGAUAGCCAUCAUGUUAAGCACUUGUUCUACUGUAGCUGGUUGCCAGUCAUAAUGAUAUGGCUACUUGAAUUUAGUUCUUCAUGGCUAGACCAGUGCUCAUUUACUGAAAGCAUACUGUGGUUUAAGUAUUCCAGCCAAUGUUCAAGUUUAUUGAUUAGUAGUUGAGAGACUCUAUAUCAGUAUUCAAGAAACCUACAUUAUGUAGUGUUCUAUUAGUGAAACGAAUUUCUUGAAACUCAGGUUACGAACACUUCUUCUUCUCCUUUUUCCUUUUUAAGUAAGUAGGGCAUUUUCAUCCUGUUUGUUAUCUUCAGAUCCAGUUUUUUCCUUGAAACUCUUUGCUUCUGAUUGGUCCCUUUUCCUUGGCUAACUGAUUUGUUGAAGAGUAAUUAUGCAGAGGGAGUUCACUCUUUUGGUCUGUGAACAAAGAAUUCUCACGCCGUACCUGUGGAUCUGUGGACGGAGUGAGCUGCGAUCUUAUUUCUGGUCCCCCCCUCUUGUGCUCCUUGGUUCCAGCCUGUAGUUCAAGUACUGCUGUCGCUGGUGCUGGUGGUGCUUCUCCUGAUAGUAUUGUUGGUAUUUCCAUUACUGAUGCAGUGGCCUCACCGUUUUAUGAAGUUAACAUAAAAUUGCGCACAUAAUUUCAAUAAUUUGUUUUAUUUUAGAGCUUAGGAACAUUCUACCACGAAUACGUAAAAGCAUACCGAGCCUUGUGAAUCAUUUCCUUUGCACUAAUUCCAUGUCUAGAAAGUGUGUUUCCCCAUGAUUAACAUAUUUUAAGAAAUUGCCAGUUGGCCUUAAUAGUUUUUAGAGGGAUGACUGUGUGAAGUUGUAUUUGUGCAGUGUUCCUGUAACUAUAAUGGUGUGUAAAACCUUACUAUGAUGUGACACUGCCAAGUUACGUGGCUCGAUGAAACUUGGUCCGUACGUAAAAAGGAUUGCUACGGUAUAGUACACAAAGUAACUGCAAGAAUUACGGAAUAAGACGAUUAGAACUGACUCCUUUGA